AUGUCGAAGAUCCUUGAUGACUGCCAUCCACUGACACAACAAGCAGGCCCUUGGCUACUAGAAGUCGCUGUUGCAAAUCAGAGCGGCUGCUUGGGUACUUAUAGCUACCUUGUACUUUAUCUCAUUCCAGUUGCUGGAAUUUACGACUGUCAUGUGGAGCACACAACAGAGCAAGGCCUACAUGUUGUGGAACUCCAAUGUGCGUGCUCGAAUGACUUGAGUCAGCAAACUCGAGGCAAUGUUGUCAACAAAUCGACCAUAUUGUCUCCGUCCAGCUCCACAGACACGGUGUUUGACGAUCAAUAUAAGUCAGCAUCAUUUUUUCCAAGAAACCCGCCCGAAUCCUUUAAACCGACGUCCCCCGUGGAGUCACAAUAUGAGUCCCGAGCUAUCACAGAACUAGACCCAGCCGUUGCCUAUUGUCGUUCCAAGCCAUCUAUUCAGGCGGAGCCAUCACCCGAUGAAGUCGACCCAGCCAUAGUAACAUGCGGACCUCGGCAUAGAGCCCAAAAAUUGCCAUUUAUCAUGGAAGUUGACCCGUCUAUCAUCUUUUGUGAUUUUGGACGAGUCACUUACUUCGAGGUGGAUGCCGAUCCAGAGGCAAUAAAGGUUACUUCAGUAGAUGAGAGUGGGUCAGUAAUUCAAUGCCAGGCAGGGGUCGCAGAGCUCUUGCGGCCCGCCGAAUUAGCAAAGGAUCCAGUUGUAGUUGGAUUCGCCCUUUCGCAGAAGCCACGAAGUCUCCGAACGACGAAUAAAGCAGAUGAGGACUUCUCACAGAGUUUGCCGGGCGUUUGUGAGCAAGCAUUGACUGAGCCUUCUCAUGACUGGGAAAUGAGCUGGGUCGAAGAUAAGUACGGUCUUGAUGGUAGUGUCACGUUCAAAAGGGACAUCUGGACUCCGGUAUGUCCACUUGAUGGACUUGAUCUUGCCGCGUCGGCGAAUCAAAUGAUCAGAAUACUGGGCGACGUCAAUGCAAAUGGUGUCAUAUAUGAAGAGGCUAUUGGAAAGGUUGUGGCCCCUGAGAUGAUGAAACAAUCAGCAUCCGGCUUGUCCUCCGUCGGUGAAGCGCCUUUGAUUCACGGCAACGCUUUUGUGUGCCUAGAAGUGCCUUCAGGCCCUGCAACAUCAGUUGACAUCGUGGAGGACACGAUCAUAUCCUCUUCUAAGCUAGAACAAGAUCAAGACAUGUUUGCUUCGACCUUGAACCGUGAACAACAUAGCCCUAUCCCAGAGACUUCCGAAGCUACCGUGCAGGAUGAAUAUUCGAUGCAAGAGCUAUUAAUGCCUUCUCAGGCACCUGAGCUCAACUUUCCAAAUUUAUCUGAGGACUUGCUUAGCAAUUUCUGGUGCAAGUUCAGCGACCUGUGCCAAGAGGGUUUUGAUAGCGAGACGCCAUGGGUUUACGGUAGAGACGAAGCUCAUGUGCGGCAGAUGGCGCUCGAAAGCAUGAAUAAUGCCCACAGCCAUACUUGUGGUGAGUUUAUGGAGACUCUCGACCAGCUGUUUCCGCUCUAUCUCUCCCUCUGGCAAAGGUCUCCAGAUGACGCACAAGCUCAUACACAGGCAGCUCACAUGCAAGCGAAGAGCAUUUUAGCUUGGGGGAAUGUUAUUCACCGAUGGAACACCCUCGGGAACGAAGCACUAAAACACGAUUAUUCUCGUUUUGAAUUGAAAAGUCAGAAGCCUGAGCAGGAUGCGCCUCCCAGACCUCAUCCCAUUGUUUUCCGUGAUGAGCUCACACAUCAUCAUCACAAUUUCAACGGAGAUAAGGUUGCCCUCCGCUCAAUGACUGACCCGGCGGACUCAUGUUGGGCUGCUAAGACUACCACGCUCCCAAAAUUGAAAGUCAACGACUUUCGUGAGGACGUCUCGAUUCGACGAGUGCUAGCUGCUCAGGCUUUCAAAUUCGUGGAUCCUGUUCGAUCUAGUGGAUUUGAACAAAUCGAAGACCUGCAAGGCUCUAUGUUUCGUGAUGCUGUCGUUGGAUCCGUCAAAGUUCUAUACCAACCUGGUGGUACUUGGGCGGAAGAUAUGGAUGUGAAUACUCUCAAUCGCCCUCUGGAGGCAACAGAGUCCGACGGCUGCAUUUAUGCAUGUGGCGCACAAAUAUGUCUGCACCGUCCGAUAUAUCUUGCCUCCAGGGAGAAUUGGAAUCCUCCUCGUCAAGAAGUUCGGCCGUUGACCAAUCUUAAAAAGGGUCUCCCCUUAAGAUUGAUGUGA